AUGGCUAGCCGAACCUUCACACCAAUGCUCCGCCAGGCGGUCCGCGUCUCGCAGCGAAAUGCCAUGGCGGCACCGUGCCGUCGCUUCCUAAACACCGAGACAGCACCGAGCCUCUACACAGCAAAGGCUCACGUUGUUGGUGCGCGUACAGGACAUGUAGACGGCGAGAACCUCAAGGUCGACCUGACAAUGGCCAAAGCCCUUGGCGGCUCCGGAGAUGCCGGAAAGACCAACCCUGAGGAGCUUUUCGCGGCUGGCUACGGUGCAUGCUUCCAAUCCGCCAUGAACGCCGUUGCCCCCUCCGUCGGCGUAAAGAUGCCCACCAAGACCGAAGACUCCAUCGUUGAAUCGACCGUAGAACUUGUCGGUAGCAUGAAGGAUCUGGACAUGGGAUUGCGCGUCCAACUCCUCGUCAAGGUACGCGGAUUGGCGAAGGAGGACUUGGAGAAGGUUGUAUACAAGGCGAGGCAGGUUUGCCCGUACAGCCGGGCGACCAAGGACAAUGUGUACACCACUGUUAGGUGCGAGACCAUGUAA